CUGUUUUGCAUCACUCUGGAGGUGGAGCCUUCUCUGAGCAGUGCCUGUGAGUUCUGUCCUGCCAGUCUUGGGGGAGGAGCUGUAUUUUACCAGGCUGCAGCUGACAAGAAGCUUCAAGCCUUGGUUAAUAUCAGAGGUGCAUGUGACGUGGGAAGUCUGCAUGUGAUUCAACUUGAGCCUAGAAAGUCCUAUUUGGAAAUCUGCUAGCGUGAAGCUCAAGAUAUUUGGAUCUCACAUUGGAAGACCACCAUCAUCUACACGACAGAGAUUUCUUCCAGAGUUCUCUUAUUCAAACAACAUGUUCAAGUAACCUGGGGACAUAUUAUUUGUGGAAGAAAACAGUGCACAUAAGCCAUAAACUCUUUGUGGUUCUAAAUCAGAAAGAAACUUUAAUAAGACUUGUUUUGAUAGCAGUUGUAUUUGUAACCACAAGGCCAGCCAAUUUCUUUGUCUGCAAUACUAACUGCUUGGCACAGUAAUCGAAAUCAUAAUGGAUAAUGAAUAUGUCCUAUGUAAUUGGAAAGACCAAUUAUGGCCAGCAAAAGUUUUAUAUAGGUGUGUAACUCCAUUAGGCAGUAAGAAGAAAAAGACAUUUUCCCUAGGAGUUCAAAUACUUUCACUGGAUGAGAAAAUUACAGUGGAUAGCAAAGACACAAGAGCCCUAAGUGAAUGUGAAGUUAAAGCCAUUGUGUCCUCACUAGCAGUACAGUCAGAGGUCAAAGUUCUACCUAGAGAGGAGACAGUGUAUGAAAGAUCACUGAAAAUGGCACUGGAAAUUGUGAAAGAAAGAACAAAUCAGAGCCAAGAAAGCAUAUCAGAUGAAGCACAUACCUCGACAGCAGCUGAAAAUGUCAUAAAACAGCCACCUGAUUCACCUCCUCAUAAGAAGUUCCGGAGACUUAAGAGAAAAUUUCAGGAAGAAUCCGCUUUCAUGUUACUGUGCUCAGACAGUGAUGAUUCCCUGCCUGAUGAUAAAACGCAGGUGCACACAAGAAGUCAGAGUAGGUCAAGUGAAAUGGAAACCAAGUCAUCACAAAACCUAAGCUGGAGCCAAACUUAUUCUUCAUUUACAGACGAUGAUGAUAAUGAAGACAAAAAAAAGUUUGAUAUCUCAACAGUCAUGUCCCUAAAUUCAUCACUCAAAGAGGAAAAUGACUAUAUAAAAGAAGAAAAGUUUUCCCCAUCAUCAGAAGAUCUUGCUGUACUCAAAGAAGAAUCCCAGGAUGUCCCAGAUGUCCCAGCUGUUUCCUCUGAACGUGCCACCUCCUCAGAGAAUAAUGUGGAGGAUCCUGGAGAGGGCCCAUCAAAUCAGAAUCCAUGUUUCUAUGCCAGCCAAAGUCAGUCUUCUGUGGAAUCAGAAAUUGGUGCUGAAACAUCUGCUGCAGGGUGUUCAGGGGAAUGUCAGGUUUCACUACCUGCCUAUAAUCCAGUCAACAGUGAUCUACUAAUUCAGAGACUGGAUUUAGAAGACCUUGAGGAAGAAGCCCGGGCUUCUGGCAAGCUGUUGUCUCUACAUCCUGCUCUUGAAGCUGCGUUAGAAAAUGACGAUGAUGAGGAUGAAGACCUCCCACGCUUCAUUCUCUGUUAUGAGACACGGGCAUUUGAAACCGGAAUGAUAGUGUGGUUUAAAUAUCAAAAAUACCCAUUUUGGCCAGCAGUGAUAAAAAGUAUUAGGCGAAAAGAGAGGAAAGCAAGUGUGCUUUUGGUUGAGGCAAACAUGAAUCCUCAAAAGAAAGGUGUUAGAGUGUCUCUCAGAAGAUUAAAAAAAUAUGACUGUAAAGAGAAACAAGAACUAGUAGAGAAAGCUAGGGAGGAGUACCGUGAAAGUAUCGAUUGGUGUGUGUCACUGAUUUGUGACUACAGGGUUAGACUAGGUUGUCGUUCUUUUACAGGCUCAUUUUUUGAGUAUUAUGCUGCUGACAUCAGUUAUCCAGUCAGAAAAUUAAUCAAACAAGAUACCUUCAGAAAUAUAUUUCCAAAGCUUUACAAUGAAGACACAAGGGGCCAAUUGCCUGUGACAUCCCACACCAAGAGAAUGUCUUUCCAGAAAAUUCUUCCUGACCGAAUGAAACCUGCUCGGGAUCGUGCUAACAAGAACCUGGUAGACUUCAUUGUCAAUGCAAAAGGAACAGAGGACCACCUCCUGGCCAUUUUAAAGGGCACAAAAAAAUCCAAAUGGCUGAAAGCAUUUUUGCAUGCAAAGACUUUUACACCCUGUAUUGAAACAUAUUUUGAAGAUGAAGAACAACUGGAUGAGAUAGUGAAAUAUCUACAAGAAAUUUAUAAAAAAAUAGACCAGAAGAUGCUAACUCUGAUAAAAGAUGACAAAAUUAAGUUUAUCUUGGAAGUUCUUCUACCAGAAGCAAUUAUUUGCUCAAUUUCUGCUGUUGAUGGCUUAGAUUAUGAGGCAGCUGAGGCAAAGUAUCUAAAAGGCCCAUCCCUUGGCUAUAGGGAGAGAGAAUUAUAUGAUUCCAAAAUCAUAUCUGGAAAGCGGCGGCAGUCACUACGAAAUGAAGCUCAUUAAUUCUGCUGAGAGUUGAAAACAUAAUGAAACCUAGACGACACUUUAGAAAAGUAAUCUUCUAAAUGUUCCAAGAUGUUAAUAUAAAAAUGCAGAAGAAGUUCUUUAGAUUAUAAGGUUUUUGUUUUUAAGAUCUUGAUCUGUAGCUACCACUACAGCCAUCUUUAUUUUCUUGUGCUUCUUCAAAAUAUUUUUGGCAGUUUGAUUUUCUAAUAUAUUUUAGAAUGCAUAAUUCUUAGGCAACUUUAAAGGAAACUACUAUUUUGUUCCAUGAUAUUUUUGUGCCUUUGCUGUAUAGUUAAUAUGUUAUGCACAUUCAGUUUACUAAAACUGUACUGGUGUUAGAUUGUAAGCAAGAGAUUAGAAAAGAUGUCUAAAACAAAUAUCAGUUAUAUAUUUUUGCUCAAGUUUUUGAUACUGAGUUCUCUCUUAAGAUAGCUGAAUUAUUUUUCCUGACAUGCCUAUUUAUUUUUGGGAAAAUAGCUCUAAACCAUAGAACCAAAGAUAAUUAAAGUUUGCUAUAUUGUAUACCUAACCAAAAUUGCUUUUGCAAGAAAACAAUCUAAAAUUAGAAAGCAAAUGGGUUAUCUGCAUGUAAUCUACAUGUAUGUGUGUAUAACAUCUAAGCAUGCAGAAAAUGAUUCUGGUAUCCAUGAACAGAAUUUUUCAUUGUACGCUUCUCUGAACUUACAUUUGAAGGAGUGUCUGUACUUCAGUGCUGAAUAACUGCUUAAAACAGAUAAGCUUCUGGCUAUCUUCAUAAUUAUAGGUAGAUCUUCUUAAUAUAGCUAUUUGAGCACAUGUGUAAGAUGGUUAAAGUCAGUAUGUCAACAGUCUGAUCACUCUUACAGUCCAGGGUUGCUGCUUCAAAGUAUGUCUAGUUUGAUAUAAAGGAGGAAAAGCAAGCCCUGUUCAAAAUCCUGUCUUCAAAUAUAAAGUUAUUUGUCUCAAACCAAGCAAGCUUUAGCAUCUGGCUUAUUUACAGAAUGGUUCCAAUUGGUUUCAACAACAUAAAUGCCAACUGGUAAAUCAUUCCAACCUAUUAGAUGGACCAGAAUCUGGAAAUUUGAAAAAAAAAUGUUACAGCAAAAGUUCUUACUUGUUAUAUAUGGUAGUUAUUCACUAUAUGGUUAUGUAUACAAACUUAGUUGUUCUUGUACUUGAUACAAGUUUUUUUUAUAAGAAAAACUUUAGAAAAGCUCAUAUAUUUAAAAAAAUUUGAUGUGAAAAGAUGUACUAAGGGCUUAACACAAACGUUUCUACAUUUUUACCUCAUAGAGUGGGACAACUUCCACUCUUGGGCUCUUCUUUUGAGUUCAUCUCACAUGGCUAUAUGUUUAUGUACAAUUUGUAAAAUUUUGGUAUUUGAUUUAUAAUAAAACCAUUAUAUUAAAUGUUCAUUUCACUUUAGUUGUAUAGAAACGUUGUGGUGUUUGUAUAAAUUAAUGUAUGUACAAGCAUAUAUAUAUACGCACACACACAAUUUGUUUAAACCUUGUGCUUGUUGUCAUCAUUUAAUUCUUGAUAAAAAAUGUCAUUCUAAA